UAUUUUUAAUAUUACUAAGUCAUUUCCCUUUUGCAAAUGGUGGCUCCCAUGCAGCUUUAAAAAUACAAUUCACGACUUGCUUUUGAAGAAUAAAAACAUCAUUUUAGAAUGGCACAUUCCUCCAAGACGAUCUACACUACAAGUGAAGUAUUGAACAUUUUAGAUACUAUUAACCAUAAUGAAAGCGACUUAGAAGAUGAAGUAUCAUCCACUGAUGAUGAAGAUGAAUUAUACACCUUAGCAAAUGAAUAUGACAAUGAAGAAAUAGCUGGUGUUGCAGAUACACCAGACUCAGAUGAGAAUGAGUUGCUAGAAACUCCAGAGUCAGUUAAAACCAAAAAAAAAACAUAUCAUUGGCACAAAACAACAUUUGAGCCACCGGAUGUCAUCUUCAGAGGUGAAAAGCUGCAACUUCCAGACCAUUAUGAACUGCCAUCUCCUCAGCAGUUCUUUGAAGAAUUUUUGACUGAGGACAUGUUAGAUCUUCUAGUUGAAAUGACUAAUCAAUACAGUGUGGAGAAAACUGGCAAGUCUGUGGACACGACCAAAAAAGAAAUGAAGCAACUGUUAGGCAUUUUUUUUAGAAUGGGUUUAGCAAAAAUGCCUGGUACCCGAUGUUAUUGGGAAAAUGACACUAGGUAUGAUCCUGUGGCCAGUACCAUGAGCAGGAAUCGCUUUCAGCUUCUUAUGAGAGUCAUUCAUAUUGUAGAUAAUAAUAGGGUGACUGAGGAAGAUAAAAAAGAUAAACUAUGGAAAAUCAGGCCAUGGCUUGAAAAAUUCCGAAACAAUUGUGUGAAAGUUGUCCCAGAUGAAAAUAACAGCAUAGAUGAAAUGAUGAUACCUUUCAAAGGUAAAUUUAGCAAAAUAAAGCAAUAUGUAAAAGGAAAGCCACAUCCUUGGGGCAUCAAGGUAUGGGUUAGAGCUAGUGCUACUGGUAUAGUGUGUGACUUUGAUGUCUAUCAAGGCAAUAAAGAGAGAAAAGAACGAAGUUUGCUUGGUGUUGGUGCGGAUGUAAUUUUAAAGCUGUGUUCAUCUUUGCCACAAAAUGUACCUGGACAGAGAAAAGAAACUGCUUCAGGGAGUUUCAUUUUAGCUCAUGAAUGA